AGAACCGCUUUUCGUUCGGCCCGUGGAGGGAUGGGGGAGUAGAUUUCUCAGCUUCGUCUUUCCACGUCGGAGCUUAUAAAAGAUAUUCGGCACAGCUUGGACGUUUAGUGUCGGAACGAACGGCGAGAAGUGGCGAGGAGUAGAAGAAGAAGAAUAAGAAGAAGAACAAGAGGAAGAAGAAGAAGAAGAAGAAGAAGAAGAAGAAGAAGAAGAAAGGAAGAAGGUGUUUCGAACUUUACCUUUUUUGGAUUCUGACGACUAAAAAAAAGGAAGAAAAGGGAGAACAAGAAAAAGAAGAAGAAGAAAAAGAAGAAGGGGAAGGAAAAAACUAAAUAAAAUGGACGAGGAACAAGUACAAACUGAGCAGUAAACCGACAGACAAGUUUAAAAGGAGGAAGUGAGCCAUGUCGAAGAUGGUUGCCAAUGAAAAAUAAACCAUUGAUUGACUCUGCCACGUUAUUUCGAUACGCACGUUCUGGCAUAACCUAUUGCUCAGGAGAGCUUUCUCAAUGUUUGACUCCACUAAAUCCGGAAGGAUCGAAAAGGAAAAGGUCAGAACGAUUCUCAAUACAUUAGGACACACAUUUGACGACCAUGAACUCGAAGUAUUACUGAAACAGGAAGACGAAGACGGAAGCGGUAAACUGGAUUUUGAUUCGUUUUACCGAGUGGCAACGCAUUUUCAAGAAGAGGACGACGAGGCGCUUCAAAAGGAACUCAAAGAAGCUUUCCGUUUAUACGACAAAGAAGGAAAUGGUUAUAUACCGACCAGCUCACUUCGUGAAAUCUUGGCAGCUUUGGACGAUCAAAUAACGCCUGAUCAAAUGGACGGCAUGAUCGCUGAAAUUGACACCGACGGUUCCGGUACCGUUGAUUUUGACGAAUUCAUGGAAAUGAUGACCGGUGACUGAGACCAAGGGAUAGGAUCCCUCUCGAAGGAUAUUUUCUUUCCAAUUAAUUUAACAAAGCUGUGCCUUCGCAAUGCAAAUCAAUAUCGCCUUCCUUGAAAAUAUUAUUUAUUGUAAUCAUUUCGGUGCUUCCGUAUUACACGAUACGAUGCUCGUUAAAUUAAUUUUAAGCUGAAUUAAAAUAAUAAUAUAUGUAUGUGUGUGUGUGUAUGUAUGCACGCUUAAGCGUAGGACGUAUCCUCGCAUCGAUGCAAUAAAAUGUACGAUAGAAUUUUACGAAAAAGAAAAAAAAAGAAAACAAUACAGCGAACAGCAUUCGAACGAAUCGAUAUAAAA